AUGCGGCAGGAGCUGGGCGUGCAGGAUCUGCAGGCGACCUCCACGUGCGUGCUGUGCAAGUCGCAGAGCGCGAGCUCGCGGCCCACGAAGUCCGGCAGAUGCGAGAUCAAAGUCCUGCACUGCCUCCACUCCGUUUGUGGGGGGUGCCUGGAGGAGUACCUCCACUACGGCAGGGAGAUACUGUGCCCGAUCUGCGACGCCAUCACCCUCGAGCGCAACUACGACAAGUACGUGUGCAACUUCGCCGAGCACCAGGGCAUCGACCACCUCGCCUGCGAGCAGCAGAAGAGGAUCGCAUGCGAGGAGUGCGUGGAGAGCGCCGAUGCCGUCUACUACUGCGAGCAGUGCGUCCGCAGCCUGUGCAAUGAGUGCAGCGAGCACCACAAGCGCGCGAAGUCCACGACCAUGCACUCCCUCGUCACCCUGCGGGAGCAACAGGCGAGCAAGAUGCACCGGGCGGCCUCCUGCCGCGUCCACCGGAACCUGCCCUACGAGUUCUUCUGCUUGGAUCUCAGGGUGUCAUGUGCUGCCGCGAGUGCGUCCUGGCCGACCACGAGAGCCACAGCUACCAGCUGCCCGCGUCGGGCCUCGUGGACAAGGAGCGCCAGGCCAUCUGCCUGA